UACCAAGUCAAAGUCAAUGUUGUCUCUUAUCCUUAUAUACAUCUUCCAACACAACUCAUUUUAUCAAUAAAAGCAUAGUCUUCCAUUGUUCUAUGUACAUACGUUCACCUCAGGAGUUAGUUCUUCUCUCCUUAAUAUUCUCAAGAAAAUGCCGAUUGGUGAGGUUAUUGUAGGGGCUGCUCUUGGAAUUACUCUGCAAGUGCUUCAUGAAGCUAUCAUAAAAGCACAAGAUAGAUCUUCAACCACAAAAUGUAUCUUGGUCCGCCUCGAUGCUACAAUCUCCAGGAUCACUCCGUUGGUGGCUCAUGUCGAUAAGAUCAGCAAAAGAGUAGAAGGUUCUCAGAGGAAAGUCAUUGAAGAACUCAAGCGUCUUCUUGAAAAGGCUGUUCCUCUUGUUGAGGCUUAUGCAGAACUCAGACGCAGAAACCUACACAAGAAGCAUAGGUACAAGAGUAGUAUCAAAGAGUUAGAAGCUUCAUUAAGAUGGAUGGUAGAUGUGGAUGUUCAAGUCAAUCAAUGGCUAGAUAUCAAAGAACUUGUGGCCAAGAUGUCUGAAAUGAACACAAAACUCGACAAGAUCACGUGCCAACCAACUGAUGGUAGUUGUUUCAAGAGCAAUGAUAGCACAUCACCAGUGCUAUCACAAAGUAGUAAUCUCAAAGCAACAGACGGAUCUUCAGAGGAAGAUGAAGAAGAAAGCCCAAGUAGUGGAUCCGAACCAAGGAUCGAUAUCCACCUGCGAUGGAGUUCAAGAAAAGGAAGAAAAGCUCGUGAGAUCCGAUUCAUGGCCAAGUGAUGGCUUAAGCAACAAGUAAAAUGAAUGCUCAUUUGUGAAAUAUGAUUAUCUUUUUUUUUUUUUUUUUGUGGUUGUGUGGAAUGGAAAUGGAAUCAUGUACACAAAUAAAAAUGUAGUUUACCAAAAAAAUGUGUAGAAAAGUAGAAUUCUUUUUUUUUCUCAAAUC